AUAUAAUAGACUGUAAAAUAUUAUAUUCAAUAUUUAUUUUAAACUGAACAUAGGUUGGUUCUUUAAUUUAAUGAUUCUUUAAUACUUGAUUUUAAAUUUGUUUAUAAUAUUUAAACUCAGAACUGUAUUCUGUGUUUGAACCAUGAACUGGAAGAAGAUAGUGACUAAGAUGGUUUGAAUUUCAACGUGACUUAAUAACUGAAACUGCUGCCUGCGGGUUUUACUCCAAAGUCCAGCCGCUCUUCAAUUUUGUUGUUGAUCGACAAGUGAGAACCGUUAAUUAAAUAAAUGUAUUUAUUGGCUUGCUAGAUUUUGUUUAUCAUCGAAAAAUUAUAUGUCACUUAUUCGUGAAAUGGAAGACGAGGUUGAAAUACGCAAGCUCCAGGGGUUAGAACUAAUAUUGAAAUCAAUAAAUUGUGAACAAUAUAUAUCCAAAUUCGAAAAUCAUGGAAUUAAUGAACGCACGUUAAUUCUUUUAACAGCGGAUGAUCUCAGGAGUCUGGAUGUUGAUAAUAAGGACAUUUAUACUAUAUUGAGUGCAAUAAAUAUACUCAAUAAAUCAUUGAAGCACAGUGAAAUAAGAUUAUCAAAUGAUGAAAUUCAACAAAUACAAUCCAGCAUUUGUGGGCAACUUGGAUAUAUUGUUUUAGCUUUAAGUCAUGUACAUAAUUCAAUCACUAGCGAUAAAAAUAAUUUAAGUGACAUGUUAAUCGAUAACCAUAUAUCAGCAAUUGAUGCUGCUUUAAUGUUAAAGCCGUAUAUGAGAGCAGAAGAAAAAAACAUUGAGAAUACAUUAAAAAAUGUUUUUAAGAUUACAAGAAGAAGAAAAACUAUCAUGAUUACUACAACAAUGUGUAUGGUCCUUGUAUUUGGUCUUACAUUUCGACGUCUAAAUUAUUCAUUAAACUUAAAUAAUAUUUUCUUAAAAGUAAAGAAUAUUUUAUAAAUCUGUUAACUUAAUUCAAUUUUUGUUUGUAUCAAAAGUUUAACUAUUAAAUUGUACAUUUAAGUUUCUGUCCAUGAAAAUUUAAUAAUAAUAAAUAAUCUUGUUCUUAAAAUAUUUUUCUCAAUCCUCCCCUUUUGGGUCUAUACAAAAAUUAAUCAGAAAAUGACAGGUUACUGAGGUUUGAUAUUUGGUACUUGUUUUAUCUUAGUAAACAAUAAGAUGUACUGGUGUAUUAUUUUAAUUUUUAAAUAAUAAAUUGUUGCAUUUAAAAAUAUUAAUCUGAGUGGCACUGUGAAACCAUUAGCUGGAAUUGCUCUAUAAUCUUUCGAUGACUAGAUUGUUCUUUCUUAAAAAUAGGAGUCUUCAUUCUAUCUUAAAUAAUGAUAAAUUAUAAAUGAAAAAACAAAGUAUACAACUUAAUUUAGAAACAAAUAUUUAACAGUUUACUUAUGUACUGUACUAACAUUUAAGUAUUUGUAAGCAAAAAUUUUAGAUUUUUGUAAUAAGUUAAUGACCCUAGUAAUAAAGUGUAACCUUUUUUUUAAUACAUUAUAGUUUAAUUAUUUGUUAUUUGUAUUACGUUAUUAUAAUAUAAGGUUUUAUAAAUUGA